UCUUGCUCUGGCGCGCUCUGGCCGGCGGGCCACGCCUCGCCGAUUCUGAAUGGGCACUGACCCUGCUCCGGGAGGGCGAGGCGCCGCGGCACCGGCCAUGAGCAGCUUCCAGCUGGAAGACUUUGCGGCUGGCUGGAUCGGAGGUGCAGCCAGUGUCAUUGUUGGCCACCCUCUGGACACAGUCAAGACUCGCCUGCAGGCCGGCAUUGGCUACGGAAAUACCCUCAGCUGCAUCCGUACCGUGUACAGGAGGGAGAGUGUGUUCGGCUUCUUCAAGGGCAUGUCCUUCCCCCUCGCCAGCAUCGCCGUCUACAACUCGGUGGUGUUUGGGGUCUUCAGUAACACGCAGAGGUUCCUCAGCUGGCACCACUGCAGGGAGCCUGAGGCCAGCCCGUCCCGCACCCUGUCUGACCUGCUGCUGGCCAGCAUGGUGGCCGGUGUGGUCUCUGUGGGGCUGGGCGCGCCCGUGGACCUCAUCAAGAUCCGGCUGCAGAUGCAAACACAGCCAUUUCAGGAAGAGAACCUCAGUUUGAAGCCCAGGGCGGUGGCUCUUGGAGAGCAGCAAGCCUACCAGGGGCCCGUGCAUUGCAUCACAACCAUUGUGCGGACGGAGGGCCUGACAGGGCUGUACCGGGGCGCCAGUGCCAUGCUGCUGAGGGACGUCCCGGGCUACUGCCUCUACUUCAUCCCCUAUGUGUUCCUGAGUGAGUGGAUCACACCCGAGGCCUGUGCAGGCCCCAGCACCUGCGCCGUGUGGCUGGCCGGUGGCAUGGCUGGAGCAAUUUCUUGGGGGACAGCGACUCCUAUGGAUGUCGUGAAAAGUCGACUCCAAGCUGACGGGGUUAAUUUAAACAAAUACAAAGGUGUCCUGGACUGUAUCGCCCAGAGUUACCAGAAGGAAGGUCUUAAAGUGUUUUUCAGAGGCAUCACCGUGAACGCUGUGCGGGGCUUCCCCAUGAGCGCGGCCAUGUUCCUUGGGUAUGAGCUCUCGCUGCAGGCCAUCCGCGGGGACCACGCGGUGACCAGCCCCUGAGCGCCAGGGCCAUUGUCACCUGACCAGGUCUGGUGCCACCUGACCAGGGCU